AACCAAUGUGGCCCGGGGCCUGAGAAAGACCAGCUGCUUGUGGUCCUUCCACUCAGGCUUUUCUGGGUCAGCUGUGCCCACUGGACCCAGUGAACCCACAGAAGCCUUCAAAGUGCUCUGUGGGAGGGGCGGGGUUCCUUGGGGGAAGCUGCUGAAGUUCUGACCACAGACGGGGGAGCCUGCCACCUCUGCGUGGUGCUUGCCGUCAGCAGGAAGCUACGAGCUACAGAACCGAUUGAGACAACCAGGAUGGGCUUUUUCUUUGGGAUUGUAUCUGGUGUUGCUGGUUAUCGCUAGAAGGCAGCUGCAUCACAAGGGCUCUGGGGUUGAAAAAGCUAUGGUGACAAGCUACUGAUCAUUAUCAAGGAUGGGAGUGGUGAGCAGCAAAAAGCAAGUGAAGGAGAAGAGUAAGGGCCGAAGGAGUCCUGUGAAGGUCAGCACCCAGAGCAAAGACCCCCCACCACUGCCACCCCUGGUCCUGUUUAACCACCUGGCCCCUGCACCUCCGGACACAUGCCCAGACAAAGAGGAGCAUUUCGUGGUGGCCCUGUACGACUACAGCUCAGUGAAUGACAGGGACCUGCAGAUGCUGAAGGGAGAGAAGCUGCAGAUACUGAAGGAAGUUGGAGACUGGUGGUUGGCCAGGUCUCUCAUAACCGGAAGAGAAGGCUACGUGCCCAGCAACUUUGUGGCCCGAGUGGAGACCCUGGAAGUGGAAAAAUGGUUCUUUAGAUCAAUUAGCCGGAAGGAUGCUGAGAGGCAGCUUCUGGCUCCAAUCAAUAAGGCGGGCUCCUUUCUUAUCAGAGAGAGUGAAACCAACAAAGGUGCCUUUUCCUUGACUGUGAAGGAUGUGACCACCCAGGGAGAGAUGAUCAAACACUACAAGAUCCGCUCCCUGGAUGAAGGGGGCUAUUACAUCUCCCCCCGCAUCACCUUCCCUACUCUCCAAGCUCUGGUGCAGCAUUAUUCUCAGAAAGGGGAUGGUUUAUGCCAGAGGCUGACCCAACCCUGUGUGAGCCUGGCUCCUCAAAACCCCUGGGCCCAGGAUGAGUGGGAAAUCCCCCGGCAGUCUCUCAAGCUGGUCAGGAAACUCGGGUCUGGGCAGUUUGGUGAAGUCUGGAUGGGUUAUUUCAAGAACAACGUGAAAGUGGCCAUCAAGACCUUAAAGGAGGGAACCAUGUCUCCAGAGGCCUUCCUGGCAGAGGCCAACCUGAUGAAAACUCUCCAGCAUGAGAGGCUAGUUCGUCUCUAUGCCGUGGUCACCAAGGAACCCAUUUACAUCGUGACCGAGUACAUGGCCAGAGGCGGGGAGCAGCCCACACCUGGGAGAGUCUGGCACAGCUGGGCUUGGAUCGUUUUGCAGAAGAGCAGAUGCACUUCUCUUUCCUUAGGAUGCUUACUGGAUUUCCUGAAGACAGAUGAAGGUAGCAGAUUGUCCCUCCCACGACUGAUCGACAUGUCAGCCCAGAUUGCCGAAGGAAUGGCGUAUAUCGAGCAAAUGAAUUCAAUCCACCGUGACCUGAGGGCGGCCAACAUCCUGGUGUCUGAGACCCUGUGCUGCAAGAUCGCUGACUUCGGCUUGGCCCGCAUCAUUGACAAUGAAUACACUGCCCAAGAAGGGGCCAAGUUCCCCAUCAAGUGGACUGCCCCAGAGGCCAUCCAUUUUGGGGUGUUCACCAUCAAAGCAGACGUGUGGUCAUUUGGAAUCCUCCUGAUGGAAAUCGUCACUUAUGGGCGUGUACCCUACCCAGGAAUGAGCAACCCCGAGGUCAUCCGCAGCCUGGAGCGGGGCUACCGCAUGCCACGCCCCGACUCGUGCCCGCCCGAGCUGUACCGCGGUGUCAUCGCCGAGUGCUGGCGGAGCCGGCCGGAGGACCGGCCCACCUUCGAGUUCCUGCAGUCUGUGCUCGAGGACUUCCACACGGCCACCGAGGAGCAGUAUGAGCUGCAGCCCUAGGCCCUGGCGCGGGGACACGGGUCCGGCGCCCGCGGGGCCGGGGGAUGGCUCACAUCUGCGGCCCAGCCUGUAGAACUGACCGGGCAUGUUCACCUCGCAGAUUUAUGCCAGCGCCAGCCAGCCUGGAAAGGCAGGGAGGAUGGUACGCGCAUUUCUCAGAUGAGGAAGGUAGAGGUAGAGGCGGCCUGACCGGUGGAUCACACAGCAUGGACUCGGGACAUCCAAUCGUAGUCCCACCCUUCUCUGGCUGUAUGACCUGGGGUGAGUCACAGCCUCUCUGUACCUCCGAUGUCUCGUUUGUACAAUGGGGAAGAACCAUAAUAGUACCUACCUCGUAUGUUCCUCAAGGGGAUGACAUUAGUUAACUGCGGUAGAUGUUCAGAAUAGCGCCUGGCACGCCUGGCAUCACGCAAGACUCCUCUGUGCUGGCGCCAAAAUCGAGCAGUUGGCUACAGCUGGCUGGGAGACCCGCUGCUCCCACCUGCGCCAUCCGCGCGCCUGUGCUGCUCCCUCUCUGCUACCCCAGAAGCAGGACUGGGUCGUCCUAGAUGUCCGCUCAGGGAAGCGUCCUCCUGCCCUGAUCUAGAUUGCGCUACGUGACACAGGUGGUUUGCAUGCGUGGCACAGCGAGGGACUCGCGGAGCCCUGGAAACCGAGCCCCCAGCCCCAAGGACAACACCGCAGACCCAACGGUCAUUGCCUUUUAGGGGAGGUUUGAGCAGGGCCAGCAGGUGGCGCCCUCACCUCAGAAAUCCUUGGGCUCCAGGUCCGAGUAGGGGAUCCUUUGCUGAGCAAAAACACCAGAGCUGACAGUGGGAGCCGCGCCUGUUGGGGGUACGUGCACGGAGGGGCAUCAACGAUGCGCAGAUGAUGGGAUGGUAACACAAAAACGUUCAAGGCUUCGCACUGUUCAGGAGGCUCGCUAUUUGUCAUUUUUUUUUGUUUUAUUUAUAAUAGAUUUAUUGUAAUAGAUUAUUAUUAAAUAGGUUUAUUAUAAUA